GGAGCCGGAGCCGCAGCCCGAUCCCUAUCCCGAUCCCGAGGCGGUGGUCGGGGCGCGUCAUGGAGGGGCUGGAAGGUGAGGUUGCAGUGCAAACUGGAGAUCUGUUGCCAUGUAAGAUUUGUGGAAGGACUUUCUUUCCAGCAGCACUGAAAAAGCAUGGACCCAUUUGCCAAAAAACUUCUGCCAAGAAAAGGAAGACAUUCGAUUCCAGCCGACAAAGAGCAGAAGGAACUGACAUUCCCACAGUAAAACCUCUUAAGCCACGACCAGAACCACCCAAAAAACCUUCCAACUGGCGACGAAAGCAUGAAGAAUUUAUAGCAACUAUACGAGCAGCCAAAGGACUUAAUCUUAAAGAUGGUGGAAAACUUCCUCCACCCCCUCCGCCAUCAUAUGACCCUGAUUACAUUCAGUGUCCAUAUUGUCAGAGGAGAUUUAAUGAAAAUGCAGCUGACAGGCACAUCAAUUUCUGUAAGGAGCAAGCUGCACGUAUUACUAAUAAGGGGAAAUUGGCAGCUGAUACCAAAGGGAAGCUUCCUACUCGAACACAGUACAAACCUGCUUCUGUUAAGAAGAUGCCUUCUGUAGGAUCAACACCAUCACCAUCAUCACGCUUACCACAGCUGAGUGGCAUUAGCAAAACUGCUGUAGGUGCCUCUUCAAGUAAAGCACUGCCUUCAUCUGGAUCCAGUGGAAGCAAACUUCAGACAUUAUCACCAGCUCAUAAAAACUCACUGGGAAUGGUGAACCCACAGGCAGGAGGUGCAACAAAAGCCCGGACAUCAACCCAUCCUAGUGUGGCAAGAACCAUGAGCACGGGUGCUUUAACAAAUAAAAGAAAAACUAGCAAUUCAGACACUUACUUAAGGUCUGAUGGUAAAAUUCUGUGUGACAGUGGAGACUGUGCAUCCGCAAUCAAUGGAGGAAGUUCAAAAAGCAGCGAAGGAAUUUCACCUGUACACUUAUCAAAGUUCUGCCAUGAAUGUGGAACAAGGUAUCCAGUGGAGUGGGCAAAGUUUUGCUGUGAGUGUGGAAUUCGAAGAAUGGUUGUGUGAACAGAACCUUAAAAGCAAAAAGAAAAUGAGAAAUUGGAAGCAUCUGCUAUGUACUGUUGCAUGGAAAGCUAGAGCACUCCAGCCAGUUCGACUUCAUGCUGCAACCAUGUCUAAACAUCAUUUUGUAAUCUUCUGAGUGCAAUUCUGGUUACACAUUUAUUUAUAAACAAAUAUAUAUACUGUAUAUAAAAAUAGUAGCUACCUAAAACUGUGCCAUUCAAGGAAAUACUCUUUACUUUCUGUUGGAAAUAUUUAAAAUUAAGGUAAACAUGUGUUAAGUAAUCUAGGUAGCAGAAGUGGUUCAAUUUUUUUUUUUUUUUAAAUCCUACUAGACAAAGGAUUUUUUAAAAUCACAUAUGCAGGGUAAUACUUAACCAUAGAGAACUAACCGUGAAGAAUUUGGCCUUCAGAGGUUUCUCUGUGGAGGCAUUUCCUUCAUCUGUGUAAUUUAGAUGCUGUGUUCUAAGUGAAAACAGCAUGAGCAACUCCUUAUAAAUUCCUAGUUAAAAUUGUAAAAAGUCUGGAUCUUUAAACUCUCUGAUAGUAAUAUCCUAAUUGGACUUUCCAGUUACUUCCUAGGACUUUUUAAAGAAUCAAAGUGAAAAGACUACCUGGGAAUUUUCUUUGCAUGUAAGAAGAAAGGCAAGAUUUGGCUUUUCAUGUUCUGUUUUUCAAAAAGAACAUAGAUAAUUUUUAUCUAUUUAUAAGGACAAAUAUGAUAUCUUCAUUUUAUUAAGUUCCUUUUGUUCAGAAAUACUUGUCUUCCUCCUCCUGUGCUCCACUAUGACUAGCAUAUCUAAAAGUGUCAUGCUUCAUGUCUUUGUCUUGUUUCCAAAGAUCCUGCUCAUUUUUUUUCUCUUUCCUCAUGUCCUGAAGGAAAGAUGAAGUCUAUGUUUAUCAUACCUAAAUGUUGAACUAUUAUUUUGAAAACAGCCGCCUUGAUGUAUCCAAUACC